CUAAGGUAGGGGGAAGGGAAUUGAAUUGAAGGUUCUUGGGUGCUUUCUUUUCCAGUUACCUCCCACCUUAGGAACCCUCGAAAAGACCCCUCACCAUCUCCUUUGUGUCCUUGCUAACCAACUCCCCAUUAAAUCCCUCUCCGCGCGCCUUCUCGCUGGCCAUUAGAGCUAGCUAGCGAGAGCUCUAGCUACAGCUAUACAUACGUGUACCCAACGGCCACGGUCACCCGCGCGAGCGAGCACGCGCACCAACCGAUCGAGCCCAACAAGCUCGCUCGCUCUUGGUGCGCGCGCGCGCGGCGAGUUCGAUCGAUCGGUGUAUACGCGUAUCGUGUUGUGUAUGCAAGGCGGUGAUCACGGAGGCAUGGAGAUGGGCGUGGGGUCGUUCACCGGCGGCGGAGGAGGCGGGGAGUGCUCGUCGUCGUCGGCGACGGCGGCGGCUGCUGCGGCGGCUGCGGCGGCGGCGGCGGCGGCGGAGGCGGAGGAGCGGCAGCUGCUCAAGGGGGAGAUCGCGGUGCACCCGCUGUGCGAGCAGCUGGUGGCGGCGCACGUGGGCUGCCUGCGCGUGGCGACGCCCAUCGACCACCUCCCGCUGAUCGACGCGCAGCUCGCGCAGUCCAGCGGCCUCCUCCACUCCUACGCCGCGCACCACCGCCCCUUCCUCUCCCCCCACGACAAGCAGGAGCUCGACUCCUUCCUCGCGCAGUACAUGAUGCUGCUGUGCUCGUUCAGGGAGCAGCUGCAGCAGCACGUCCGGGUGCACGCCGUGGAGGCCGUCAUGGCGUGCCGCGAGAUCGAGCAAUCCUUGCAGGACCUAACCGGUGCAACUUUGGAGGAAGGGACAGGGGCGACCAUGUCGGAGGACGAGGAUGAGACGGCGCCGAUGCUGGAGGGCCCGAUGGAUAUGGGCUCGGACGGGCACGACCUCAUGGGCUUCGGCCCGCUCAUGCCCACCGACUCCGAGCGAUCCCUCAUGGAGCGGGUCAGGCAAGAGCUCAAGAUUGAGCUCAAGCAGGGCUUCAAGUCAAGGAUUGAGGAUGUGAGAGAAGAAAUAUUGAGGAAGAGGAGGGCAGGAAAGUUGCCUGGGGACACCACCACCAUACUCAAGCAAUGGUGGCAGCAACACUCCAAGUGGCCAUACCCCACGGAGGAUGAUAAGGCAAAGCUUGUUGAAGAGACUGGCCUGCAGCUCAAGCAAAUCAACAACUGGUUCAUCAAUCAGAGAAAGCGUAACUGGCACAACAACUCACAGACAUCAACCCUUAAAUCAAAGCGUAAAAGGUAAAGGGCAGAAAAAAAUGUAUACCUGACGUACUCGCUAAUCAAAUCAAAAGAAGACAUGGUGACUCAUAAGUAAUAAGAUCAUCUUAAAUUGUAUAUCUAGUUAUUAAUUAGUCAGAGGUGACAAAUUCAUGACAUACAUACUAGUCUGACCACUGGCAUAUGCGUUGUAAUUUUUGAGCAGAUAUGCUCAAGCAAAUUCUUCUUGUUGGUAUAGUUUUUAAUUUUGUUGUCGUGGGUGUACCUGCAUGCAUACAUAACCCCAAGACUAAUUCAUUUGCUGUGCAUAUACAUUGACCAUUCUA